AGUGGCAGCCAAACAGACGGGGUCUGUUCCUCUCUCUACCGCGGACCUCCACAGCCGGUGCAUGUGUGUGUGCCGCUCAAAAAAAUAUCCGCAAGCCGGCGGCGGAUCACCGCGCUGGGUCUCCCAUCUCCAGAAAGGAUGGAUCAUAAACGAGACGAACCGAACCUGUCUUACCGCAACGGGAUAAGCCAAGUUCUGCUGUAUGGAGAAUUUACGACAAAGGCGAGCCGAAAGGUCAGGUACGCCUUGAGCCUGACAGACAGGGACCUGACCGUCCAAAAGAUCACGUCGGCACCUGCCGGACGGAGCAAGGUGGUCUUUAACCUACGCGACUGUGUGGGAAGUCGGGCUGUGAAGGCAGAUGACAACACCGAUGCGGGAGCCUAUUUCACUGCCUACUUCUACCCGUUUAAAAAGCGCUGGAUGAGCUCCGGCGUGGCGCGGCAGCGGACAGAACAGUGCUUUCGGGUCGCCUCGAGCCUGGACCCUCACGUGAACCUGGAGGAGGCGCAGCGAUGGGCGCGAGCAAUUAGCGAGGGUUCUGCGCUUCAACGGCCACAGCGAAAUGGUGUGCUCUACAGUGAGGUGUGUCGGCCCUGUAAGGUGCUGCUCCUCCUCAACCCCCACAGUGGUAAAGGCCAGGCCCUGUCGCUCUUCAACGGCCACGUCCAGCGCAUGCUCCACGAGGCCGGCAUCCCGCACACCCUCGUCGUCACAGAGCGUCAGAAUCACGCGCGGGAGCUGGUGAGGGAGGCGGAGCUCUCCAAGUGGGACGCCCUGGUCAUCAUGUCAGGGGACGGACUGCUGUUUGAGGUGGUGAACGGGCUGAUGGAGAGGGAGGACUGGGAGGAGGCCAUCCAGACGCCGCUAGCCAUCCUGCCUGGAGGAUCUGGCAACGCACUGGCCGCCUCCAUACAAUACUACGCUGGGUGGCAGCCCGUGUCGAGCGAGGAGCUGCUGGUGAGCUGCGGCUUCGUGCUCUGCAAGGGCCUGGUGUCGCGUCUCGACCUGACGUCCGUCCUGCUGGGCUCGGGCCCGCAGCAGCAGCGCCUCUUCUCCUUCCUGUCGCUGGCCUGGGGCUUCGUGGCCGACGUGGACAUUGAGAGCGAGAAGUACCGGCACGUGGGGGCGGCGCGCUUCACCGUGGGCACGCUGGUGCGCCUGGCCUCCCUGCGCGUGUACCAGGGCAAGCUGGCCUACCUGCCUGCUGCCGAGACGGGCGGCCACGGGCGCGGGCACCACCCCCCGCCGCGACGGUCAAUGGUGGCGUCGUCGUCAUCGUCCGGCUUCCCAUCAUCCCCCACCACCGCCAUCACUACCACUACAACUACCUCAGAGUCGCUAGCCGAGCUAUCGGGGUCCGUGUCGACGUCAACUCAGCUGUCGGACGCCUCCUCCUCCUCCUCAAACUCCUCGUCCCUGGCGGCUCCCCCGUGUCCCGCGUCGACGUCACUGUCACCAUCACCAUCACCCGACCAGAAUGUCACCAACACUUUCCACAACUACUGUAACUCCAACAACGCUUUCAAGUCCACCAAGGGACGCAGCGGUGGGGAGGUGGGGACCCACCCCACAACGACCACAAUGUCGUCGUCAUUGUCGUCAUCGGCAUCCCCCCACGGCGGCCCUACGGACUCGCUCCUGGUGCCGCUGGACCAGCCGGUGCCGGCCCACUGGACCGUGGUUCCGGAGGAGGACUUCGUUCUGGUGCUGGCCAUGUACCAGUCGCACCUGGCCGAGGACCUGCUGGCGGCGCCGGAGUCCGCCAUGGAGGACGGCCUCAUCCACCUGUUCUACGUCAAGGCGGGCAUCUCGCGCGCCACCUUGCUCCGCCUCUUCCUGGCGAUGGAGAAGGGCGCGCACGUGGCCACCGACUGCCCGCACCUGGUCUACGAGAGGGUGCGGGCGCUGAGGCUGGAGCCGCACUCGGCGAAAGGGACGAUCACGGUGGACGGGGAGCUGGUGGAGUACGGGCCGGUGCAGGCACAGGUGCACGGCGGUCUGGCGCGACUCGUAGCCAGCUGAAGACAAGGGGGCUUUACAGUUGGAGGAGACACUGAAUCCGUUACCAGAGAGUCUUAUACGAGAGAGAGAUACAUCAGGCUCGUUCUUUUGCGGUACCCAUGUGAUGUAGGGGGGAACGCCCCCUUUACGAGACCUGCGGUUAGGAGACCUUUGGAGUCUUGAGGUUAAAGGUGGGGUUGCAGUUAUGAAAUCACGUUGGGGAAACUCCCCCAGGAAUCUAAGGUUCCACAUAGACUCCUGUGAGCCUGCGGAACCCUCAACGUGAUGUCAUAAUAGUACAUUUUCUUAAACUGGUUAACCUGCAACUCCACCUUUAAGAAUAAAUGGAGUCCCCUUAGCGCUGUAGAUGGCGGUAGCGCACGUCUUGUGCAAACACCACGAAAAGAAGAGAAGAAGAAGAAGGAGGGGACAACGCCCCCUUAGGAGACCGAAUUUGAGCACACUACUUUGCAUUGGAUGGGCGCAGUUUGACAAAUCUUUCUCUCCUAGACGAUGUUUGAUCCUUACCACGUUUCCUUGAUUGCACAUUGCACCAUACUCAUGAACGGCCAUCCGGGUACUUUGCUCGUAAAUGUGCGUUACGCCCCUUUAUGGGUGAAAACAAACCAAAUGUCUCAUCAACUUACAUGCUACAUCGGCUUGUCUAAAUGAACUCAGUCCAUGCUUCAGCCACGGCUGUUUGGCUCUAUUAUUUGAACAGCCGGCAACACAACACGUUUUCGGCAUGUUGCGCGUGAACAACGCUAGUCUACAGGUCCGUAUCUUUCGUUUAUUAAACCCCAACAUCACCAAUUGACUUGCAUGGGUUGUUUUCCCCCACAAAUGGGCGUAACGCACAUGGAAAACGUCACGCCGUUCAUAAGUAUACCAGGUCCUUGCAAGGUACUAUGGGUAAUCAUCAUUAGUCCCCCACACAAUUAAAGGAACAGUCCACUUCAUUUCAGGA